AGAAGAGCGGACGACACAGGCCAGCGCACAAGAAGAAGAAACGCUGGCGCUCAGCAAUGGCGGUGGUUUGGUGACACGAAAAUAAACAACUGUGUUACUGCGGUUGUUAUGACCGUCAGCGGUCACAUGCCGUAGCUGGGCUGUGUGGGUGUGUCUGCAGCAGAGAGGACCCCGUGUCUCCGGCUCCUGUCCCCGGACACUGAUGACAAACAGCUCGCUGCUUCUCAUUGUUCCGCACUGAACCGAUCUCGUCUCUCCGCGCCGACGAUGCCUCUGGGUCUGAAGCCGAGCUGCGCCGUCUGCAAGACCAACUCCUCGUCCAUGUGGAAGAAGGGGAACCUGGGGGAGAUCCUGUGCAACAACUGCACCGGGAAGAGCAGCGUCGGAGGCGGCGGCGGCGGAGGAGGAGGAGGCUGCGGUGGAGGCGGCGGAGGAGCAUCGGGACCCUCCAUGUCCUCCAGCACCCUGCCCAGCAAUGGCGGAGGGAAGCAGAGACAACAGGAGAUCCACAGGAGGUCUGCACGGCUGAGAAGUACCAAGUACAAAGCUCCUGCAUCUGAGAAGAAAGUGUCCACCAAGGGAAAAGGAAGAAGACACAUAUUUAAACUUAAAAACCCAAUUAAAGCACCAGAAUCAGUUGCAACAAUCAUCACGUCAGAAUCUGUAUUUUAUAAGGGAGUUUACUAUCAGACAGGAGACGUGAUCAAAGUAACAGACGAAGAAGACGGGAAGCCGUACUAUGCUCAGAUUCGAGGCUUCAUUCAGGACCAGUACUGUGAAAAGAGUGCAGCACUGACCUGGUUAAUCCCCACACAGGCCAGCCCAAAGGACCAGUUUGAUCCGGCGACAUACAUAGUUGGUCCAGAGGAGGAUCUCCCCAGAAAGAUGGAGUACCUUGAGUUUGUGUGCCACGCCCCCUCUGAAUAUUUCAAGUCGUGGAGCUCGCCGUUCCCCACCAUCCCGAUCCGACCAGAGAAAGGCUACAUCUGGACCCACAUAGGAGCCACACCGGCCCUCACUGUCAAAGAGUCUGUGGCUGGAAGCAGCUAACAACUGGACUCUGAUAUGGACUCGCUCUGUUGCUUUUAAACAGACAUUUGUAUAUUUAUGUAACAUAAAAAAACUGAAAUGGUUGUGAACCACAGCCACUGACACUGAUGAAACCAGAUGUAACCACAUUUCACAAAGCUGCAGCAUUGGAAUAUUACUUUUCUAUUUAGUAAUAAAAAAAAAAAAAUCUUGUUUCCACUA